AAAAAAGGAACGUUAGCUCAACUUUUAGUCGCUUAGUAAUUUUAACCAAUCGCAAUCUAAGAAGGGACUCUGUUCGUUCCUGCAUGUCCGGUUAGUAUCGCGGUCUCGAAGAUCAACAAAAACAUUAGAAAUAUGGCUGCGAAUUACAAGAAAACAACAUUAGCUGGAGGUGGUCGAAAAAAGACAGGACCUAAACCGGAACUGACAGAAGAACAGAAACAAGAGAUUAGAGAAGCUUUUGAUCUUUUUGAUGCUGAUGGAUCAGGAACUAUUGAUGCCAAAGAACUCAAAGUUGCCAUGAGAGCCCUAGGCUUUGAACCAAAGAGAGAGGAGAUAAAGAAAAUGAUAGCAGAAAUAGACAAAGAAGGAACAGGCACAAUAGAUUUUAAUGACUUUUUGUCAAUAAUGACGACAAAGAUGAGUGAGAAAGAUGCAAGAGAAGAAAUACUGAAGGCAUUUAGGUUAUUUGAUGAUGAUGAAACAGGGAAAAUCUCAGCCAAAAAUCUCAGGAGGGUAGCUAAAGAACUAGGCGAAAAUCUCACAGAUGAAGAGUUACAGGAAAUGAUUGAUGAAGCUGACAGAGAUGGUGAUGGAGAAAUUAAUCAAGAAGAGUUUUUACGCAUCAUGAAGAAAACAAGUCUAUACUGACCUAAAGACAUUGUGAUAGAACUGUUCAUACAUUUCUCACACUACACUUUUUCAUUUCUCAAAACUUUCAUCUAGAAAUUUUAAAAAUGGCCCUCCAAAAGUUGUGUUAGAAAAAUAUUAAUAGCCGUGUGAGACACUGACUAGUUAGUGUGGUUAGUAUCAACAUGUAUUGAGCUACUGAAAGUCAUCCUUCUAUAGGAUUUCAGUCCUAGAAUGAUAGAUAGAUGAAAAAAAUAUGCUGUACUUAAAAUAUAUUUCAAAACCUUGCAUUUGCUUUCAUACAGGAAAUCAAAUCUCCCUGAGCAAAUGAUAUUCAUUUUACUUGUGUUCCAGUAACUUUAUCCAUAAGAUUUUGAAUCCACAAAUUUAUGGCCCAAAAGUUAGUUCAAUAGUUGGUUUCAACAAAACCAAGAAAACCAAACAAGGAAAUUUUGUGGUGUCAUUUAUAGAGCAGCACAUUACUUGGGGAAUAAAAUAUUGAUAUUGUGUUCCAUAAUCUAUGUGUUAAGAGACUACCAAAUUAAAUAAGAAAAAAGAAUACAGAUCUUUUUGGUGCUGUGGCAUUUUUUAUCAGUAUAAAUUCGUGCUCUGUAGUAUUUUAUUCGAGGAAAUAAAAAAUGUCUGAUAAAUACAUAAUGAUAGACGUUUUCUGUUGCAUUUUGUUAAUCGUUAAUGUUCCAUAAAAGUGUAAGAGAGGUUGUAUUGUUUAAGUGAGCAAGAACUGCCAAUUGUAUUACGUCUGAAAUCCAUUUGUUACUUAUGUUCUUGAAAUGUUCAUGAAUUCUCAUUUUACAUUGACAUAUUCUGUUCAGCGACCAUAUCUAGUAUAGCUAGAUUUAAAUACAUUGCAUCUGCUCCAGCAUAAAUCCACUGAAAAGAGUUAAAGCCUAGAUUUCAGACUAGAAAUAAGGAAGAAGAGGAUAGUACCACGCCAUUUUCUUAUGAAAUUAGGUACCACACUGAUAAAUUUUUCAAACAUCUAGACAUAUAUAGAUAAAGUGAGAAAGAAGUGUCAGUGAUAAACAAGAUCUCAUAUAGGUAUCAGAAUUUUCAGCAAGACUUUCUUUAAUAUCCUAAGCAAAAUGGUAUGGGAGUAAAAUUUACAGUGGAUGAACUUAUGGAAAAUAGAAUUUUUGUACUUUUGUAAUGGUUUAAAUCUGGCUAUACAAUAUAGAACUCAUUUUGUCUGCUGCAAACUAAACAUUCCAUGGUGAAGUUCAGGCUUACAUUGUAACAUGGUAUGUACUAACUGAUGUUAGAAUGUUGUUAAUGCCAUUUUUAAAGAAAACAAAUGGAUGCUUAGAUUUAAAAAUAAGGAAAAAUUUCCAAAGAUGUGUUAUGAUUUUUUAUCAUCAUCAAAUUUAUGUUACUGUAUUUAUUGAUACAUAAACGAGGGUGUUUUCCCUACCUACAUUAAGUAACAGAUACAACUAUAUAGCCAAUCAAAUUUUAAGUCCAAUACAUUUGAAACAUUCGUAUUACAUAACAUAAAUUAAUAACAAAAGCUUUUAGAAUAACAAGUUUUAUUCUGUUAUAUGUUAGUGUUCAUUAAGACUCUGUGAAUGUGUUUAUAUUAUGUACAUAUGAGAUGUAUAUUUAUGAUCAAAAAUGUGUAUAAAAUUAGAUGUGAA